AUGGUGUACAACGUCCCUGCUGAGGAAAGCGAACCCGUCGUGACUAGCCACAUCAACGGCACCACCGAAGAGCUCCUCGCUCGAUACGCCAUCACUGAGUUGUGCAAGGGCUGGCCUGUAUACCGGGACGCUUCGGAGUGGCAGAACUACCGCAGCUUGUUUACCAAGGAGGGCGCAUAUGUCUGGACCACGUGGUCCGGCGGUUUGUCCAUUGAAGACUUCAUCAAAGUCUCGAUUAAAGGCCGGGCCAAUGGCGACUUCAUCAUGCACCGCGAGAACGGCACACUGGCCAAUGUCAACCUGGCCAAACAGCGAGGCAUCGGCAAGAUGAAGGCGACCAUCACCCAGCGAUUCACCAUCCAGGGCAUCCCCGUCGACGUCGAGUGCGACUGCCGAUUCAUCUUUUUCUGCAAGAUCGAGGAUGGCGAGUGGAAGACCCAGUUCGUCAAGCUGUUUUACGAAAAGGAUAAGAUGAUUCCUGUCGAUGGCAAGACCGUCCCUAAUUUUCCCAAGGAAGAGCUGGCCAAGUAUACCGAGGGCUACCAGUAUCUAGCCGUGGCGCAGAACAGCUUGGGCCACCCCAUAUUGAACGACCUCCCUAAUGCCGGCAACCAGGGAUGGUACGAUAUGUACAAGGCUAUGGCUGCUUGGCUACAAGGUGAAGAAAUCAACCUGUUCUGGGAGAAGAAGUAA